AUUCCUCAACUCAUACCUAACAAUCAACAACCAACUGACUUCUUCAGACGUCGCUAAAAACUUUGAAAAUCUGCAGCCAUGUACAAGUUUGUUGCCUUAGCUUUUGCUCUCUGCGUGGUCGUUGUGUACAGCCAAACUUCUUGUAGCACCAGCCACGACUGUCACCCAACACCGUGCCACGACGCACACGUCGCCUCAUGCAACAGCCACACCAAAGUUUGUGAAUGCAACGACGGCAACAACCACCAAGAAAACCACAACAACCACGACGCCGCUGUAGGCAAGAGAGCGACCUCGUGCAAGGCUGACCACGACUGUCACCCAACUGUAUGCGGUAACAACCACCACGGAGUCUGCAAGAACGGACACUGUGAUUGUCACAUCCCACAUGGUCACCAUCAGCCCCACUUUCAUGUUCGCGCCCACAACACCCAUUGUAUCUCUGACGCCCACUGUGUGAACCUGUGUGGCAAGGACCACGCCAAAUGUCACCCUGACAAUAUGUGCCAUUGUCACCUACAUUAAAGCCUCACCCAGACCUCGACUUUUCAAGGAUGUCAUCAACCUGUGCUUGAGCAUGCUCGUACAAUAGCAAAAUACACAGACAGGCCGAUAGACAGACAAAGACACACACUCACAUAAACCACACACUCAUACACUAGUACACACAUCAUUAUAUAAUCAGAGAAGGAAAUAAAUUAAGUGCAACUCCAGCCAA